CACACACACCCAUCACUGCAACGAACAGACAAUAUGCACGCCAUUACAGUUUUGGCGGCAGUGAUCCUCCUGGCUUCUGUGGCUCUGUGUUCUCAGUACAAGCUGGUGUGCUAUGUGAGCAGCUGGGCGCAGGACCGUCCUGGCGAUACGCGGUUCACUCCGGACAGAGCCGACCCAUUCCUGUGCACGCACAUCAUCUUCGCCUUCGCCGAUGUUGACGAAAACUAUAGCAUGACAGCGCUGGGGCCUGGCAACGAGCCCCAGUACCGCUCCUUAAACGCACUCAAGGAACGGAACCCAGCUCUAAAAACGCUGCUAGCUGUGGGAGGCUGGGACUCAAACAACAACUGGUUUACAAAGAUGACUGGGAAACACUCUCGCCGAGCUGCAUUUGUGGAUUCUGUCCCAGGGUUCCUGAGAUCCAAUGGGUUUGAUGGCCUGGAUGUGGUGUGGCAGAAUCCAGGUGUUUUUAGAGGAAAACACAGUGGUAAAAAACACUUCACAUAUUUGUUAAAGGAGUUGAGAGCUGCUUUUGAAGAAGAGGCACUGGUUUCUGGGGAAGACAAGCUGCUUCUCUCUGCUGCUGUCUCUGGCCUUGAGGAGUACGCCAGAGCUGCAUACAACUCGCACACCUUUCCACAGUAUGUUGACUUCAUUAGCCUAAUGACAUAUGACUUCCAUGGGCCAUGGCAAGGGAUGACCGGCCAUAUCAGUCCCCUCUACAGCCGCCCUCAUGACUCUGAGGACCAGUAUCUCAGCAUUGACCAUGCGGUCAAAUACUGGCUGUCCCAAGGAGUGGAAGCAAGGAAGCUGAUCCUGGGUUUUCCUGCUUACUCCCGUACGUUCCGCCUCACAGACAGAGGAAGGCGAGGUGUGGGUGUCCCCGCAGAGGAGGGUCAGGCUGGGAAAUAUACCAAAACGCCUGGAUUCAUGGCUGCCUAUGAGGUGUGCCAGUUCAUCAUGCGUGGUGCCCUUGUGAAAUGGGACAGAAAGCAGAAGGUUCCCUAUGCACUAAAAGGCAACCAGUGGGUUGCGUUUGAUAACGGACACAGCCUGAGGAAGAAGACAAAGUGGCUGAGACACCUGGGGCUCGGGGGUGCCAUGGUGUGGUCUCUGGACCUAGAUGACUUCACUGGCUCUUUUUGUGACUACGGCACCUUCCCUUUCAUCAGGCUGCUGAAGAAAUCCCUGCUGUCCAGGCAUCUGCACACCCCUUGUCCUGAGCAGGAGCAGGUCAAAUGAACCUGCUCCUUAGUGCCUUCUCCUGACUCAGUUCUCAACCCCCACUAACACUGGGCAAUAUUCUUGAUUUCUCUUUCUUCCUGAAUCUCCACUCCUCUCAUCUUUCAGUUCAUCUCGUAUCUCUUCUCCAUCCAUUUUCUAACCACUUUUUUCCACACCCAGAGAUUCCAUGUGUGAAAUUAAAAAACACU